AUGGGCGACUCUGCCCAGCCCAGCCAUGACCAUGUGCGCCCGCCCAAGCGCCAGAAGUCCAUGACCGUCAUCGCCUGCAAUUCCUGUAAGCGCCGCAAGUCCAAGUGCAACGGCGCCCGGCCCGCCUGCGAUCGAUGCUUGCGCUUGAACGAGGAGUGCCACUACGAGCUCGACAGCACCAUCAGCCGCCAGGAUGGCCUCAAGCGCCGCCUGCGCGAGGUCACCGCCAAGUCGGAUACUCUCGACGCCCUGGUCAGCCAGCUGCGCUCUGCCUCCGACGCCGAGGCCGCCGACCUCAUUCGCCAGCUGCGCCACGGCGCCGACGCCCACGAGCUCGUCGACCGCUCCGCCGCGCCCUCCGGCAGCAGGCUGAGCAGCAGGCUGAGCAGCGUGGCCGAGGAGGACAAUCACCAGUCGUACCCCUCGCCACCCACCGAAGACUCGGCCUCCAAGCUACCAUUGGCGUCGGUGACGGGUGCCGACUGGAAGCACGCCGCCUUGUCUCGCACCAGCGACAGCCAGGACGACGACAAGGAACAGAGCAUCGGCUCUACGCGCUCCUCGACGCCCUGGGGAGAUUCUGCUUCUCCGCUGCCAAGUGGUGUGCAGCAGACUAGCGCUCUGAACGAGUCAGACUUGCCACCGCUUAUCCCCCGCCACAAACGCCGAAGACUCGGCCCGCUGACCGUUUCUCGCGGCUAUGUCGAGGCCUUCGGCAAUAUGUCGACGUCCAGCUCAAUCAUGGCCGGCCAUUACCCUGCCGAGAUCCAGAAACACCAAGUGUCCAACUUCCAGAUUCCCGUCUAUUUCCUCCAGCCGUGCUGGGAGCUCGACGAUGCUCCUUUCUCACGUGUUGUCCAGGACUAUAGGAACCUCGCUCGCAUGCACUACGCCAGCAAGCCCAUGCCCGAGCUUUCUCGUAUUGACGUCACGUACUUCUUUGUGGACAGGGCCUUUUCCCCGGGAAGUGUCCCGUCCAUUUCGACGUGGGCCUCGGAGAUGAACAAAAGCUUCGAGGAUGUCGACGUUUUUUGGAUGAUCAAUCCAACCGCUGAGACGUACGCGAAGAUGCCGGACUUGAUCAAGCCGACCCCGAUGCAGAUGAUGGUCCCACAUAUCUCCCCACUAGACACGGUGCCAUUACCAGCACUUCGUGAAGCAUUGGUCGAUGAUCUCCGAGAUUGGGUCACCGCGUGCGCAGGCUCGCUCUCCGUCAACUGGCCCCACGGAAUGGAUCAGGCCGUGGAACACGAUCCUACCGACGACCACUUUUACUUGACCCAGAAAUUCCUCGAUCAUGCUUCCACCCCCAGCAACUGGUCUGUUGGCCGCGAUUUCAUAGACCAAUUUCCGGAGCUCAUGGGCCGAGUGAUGACCUCGGAGAAUCCAAGAUCGCCGGAGAAGUACAUCAGUCCAUUUGGGGAAGAUUUGUCCAAAAAGCCAGCAUCACCUGGAUCGCUCAGAGCCUCUGUCCCGUUGUCUCUGCGCAAUGCAGGUAAGCACAAGCUCAAAUAA